AUGUCCGCUGAAGUGCCCUUCGUCAUCCUCAAGAAUGGCGACAAAGUCAAAAUCAAUGACCAUGUGUAUUGUUCCCCGGCGUGGUCCGCGCGCGACGGGACCCCUUAUUCUGUGGCUCGUAUCAUGGAAUUCCUUCCCCCCGAGGGGACAUUGAAAGGCAAGGCACAAAGUAACGAAAAUUACGCUCGAGUGCGACUUGCCUGGUAUUAUCGACCCAGCGACGUGAGCGACCGACCCGUGGCCGACUGCCGCCUUCUGCUAGCCGCCAUCUAUUCCGAGGUCUGCGACAUCUCUCAACUGCGCUCGAAAUGCUUUGUCAUACACCGAAAUAAAAUCUCGGAUCUCGCUGGAUGGAAGAAACGUCCAGACAGAUUUUAUUUCACGCGAUUAUUCGAUCCAUACAUCAAGAAGGAAUUCGAGGUCAUUCUCUCGACAGACGUCCGAAAUCUACCAAGCCAUAUUCGAGAGGUGUUGAUCUCGCGCUACGAAUAUGUUGUGGCCGAGAAAGAGAUCGUACCGGAUUUGACCGACUCACUUCGUUUAUGUGCGACAUGUGAGGAAUGGUGCCCCCACCCCGAGACCGUCCAAUGCGACCGGUGCAAGAAGUUCUUCCACAUGAGCUGUGUCCAGCCUCCUCUGCUCGCCAAGCCCUCUCGUGGAUACGGUUGGACGUGCGCUCCCUGCUCGAGAAAGCACGAGGAGGAGGUCGACAGCCACGAGGUCGUCCGCCACAUCACGCCCAGCCAGCCCUCCAAACCCAAGUCCAACGCACCGCCGGCACGGGGCAGGGGCCGCCCGCGGAAGGAUCGCGCCCAAGCCGAGAAAGAGGAAAAUAUGGAAAUCAAACAUUACCAGAUGUGGCCGUUCAGGUAUUUCGGAUUGUAUACGGUGGCGGAGGAUACGCUAGAUCCCGAGGACCUGAUAUUUCCCCGAACUGCCACGCGAGUCGGGGCCAAAUUCCAGGCUGUCGUGCCUCCGUUGAUAGACCGCGAUAAUCCCAAUGCUUCAACUUCUGGGCCUGACUUGGAAGAACGGGGCGGCGACUCCACCAUCGAAGUGCUUAGCAUUGUGAACGAGAUGAAGGAAGAGGAAGUGGCUGAAAUGGAACGAUGCAAGCGCGCUUUGACUUCCCGGAGCGACUUGCAGAGCAGCGUUGACUGGCUGACUGAAGUCACACGGCGCAUGUGUGAGGCGUAUUUAUCGCAUCGCAGCUUUUCCACGGUCAAUAUGAAGUCGCCCAUGCGAUUUGAGAAGUGGAAGAAGACCGAGACCCGGUACACCGACCGAGAGUGGAAUGACGAGGAAAUGGCCGCCUUCGAGGAAGGCAUUCAUACAUACGGCCCGGAACUGCGCAGUGUCCGGGACGAGGUUCGCACACGGACUAUCGCGGAAGUAGUGAGAUACUACGGCCAUUGGAAGAAUGCCAAACUUCGGGAAGAGAACGCACGGAUACGGGCCGGACUGCCUGCCCAACCAGAAGGCCACCAUGCCGCCGCUGGCGCAAGCUCGGAUGAUGAAGGAUCGGUAAUAGCUCAGCCGUCCAAAAAUGCCUACUGCGGUGCAUGCAGAACAAGGGACUCCAGCACAUGGUGGAAAGCGCCGAAGGGCCUGGCUACUUCGUCCAUGCUGUGCGAUGAUUGUGGCCUUAAUUGGCGCAAGUAUGCGGAUUUGCAUGUGCGACCUCUUCGCGAUGGGUCGGCCCCGCCAGCAAAGAUCAAGCCGCCCCUAGCCGAACGCAUUGAGAAGCGCGAAGGCACGCCUCUCAAUGGGCCGACUGCAAAACGUGCCAAAGUGAGUGCGUUUUCGACCCCGCCGCCUCCUGCUCCACCUCCUGCAGCCCCCCAGCUGCGAUGUCUGGGUUGUCAGAAGAGCGGUCCGUUAGGCAAGGUCUUGAAAUGCAAAGAGUGCCAGUUUCGAGUUCAUGCAGGCUCUUGUGGUGCACUUGUCGACCCAGCGGCUGUGGAAUCUUGGGUUUGCGAUCUCUGUCAUAACCAGAAGGCACUCGAAGCUUCUCUCAAUACCGACUGCCUUCUUUGCCCUCGUCCCAAACGAGACAGGAAGAGUAAAGCGCCUUAUCCCCCGCCCGACACGUAUCUCCGGGCAUGUAAGCCUACCGAAGGUCAAGGCUGGGUUCACGUGCUCUGCUCGGUAUUCGUACCAGAGACGAUCUAUAGCGAUGCGAGCCGUCUUCGCCUCGUCGAGGGUAUCAGUACGAUCCCUCUCCACCGUUGGUCUACCAAAUGUGGAUUAUGCGAGCAAAGCGGGGGCGCUGUUGUGCGCUGUGCUGAUUGUCCCAAGGAGUUCCAUAUCUCCUGUGCCUGGCAAAAUGGUUACAAAUUCGGCUUCGAAAUCCAGCCGGUCAAGAGCACCCGGAGAGAGCUCAUGACUGUCGUUAACUUUCGAGAAGAGACCGGAAGCAUGAACCCCAUCAUAUCCUGCAAAGAGCAUGCGAAUACUAGCAAGCGCAUUAUCUACGAGAUCUGCGAUAUGAACGAUUCGGGGGAGACUGCCCUCCAAGUCUACUGUAGCAAUUACAAACAAGUUCAGGUUGCACAGUCUCAUGGCCUUCUUCGUAAGGCCAAGCGACUGGACAGCAUCCUGAACAUUCGUCCCACAGAAGGCCACGUCGCCGCCAAGUCCGGACCAGAGCCGCAUUGCUUCAAAUGCGGUACUGAAUUUGCGCCGCUCUUCUAUCCGUUCAGGAGCGACUUUGUGUGUCAUAGGUGUUAUUUCCAAGAAAGGGGAGCCGAUGAUAAGCCUUGUACGGUGUCAUAG